AUGCAUUACGGGGCAUUUUCAUCUCCCAGCUCCGUGGCGGCGGCUCUCAUCGCGACCAGCGUUACCGCCGUCGAAGACGGCAUUCGACUGAGCACGACCUUCGGCGGCCCACAUGGCAAGAAGUACGACGACAAAGCGUUGGUGUCCCCGGGACAAGUGGUCAAGGCCAUCACGAUCCGCACCGGCGAGCGCGUGAACGGCGUUGGUAUCGAAAUUGAGGGACAGGAGCCCUUGUACCACGGCGGCGGUGGCGGCGACUCGAACACGCUCACGAUGGGCGAGGGCGAGAACGUCACGGGGAUCGAAGCUCACUGGGGCGAGUGCCACAGCCACACGCGCGUCCGAUUCAUCCGGUUCACCACCAACGCGAACCACACCAUCUCUGGAGGCACUCGCGCGACUAAGAUCGGGAUCGAAAGCGCACCCGCGGGCUUCCAGUUGGGCGGCUUCUUCGGAACCAGUGGCAAGGAGCUUGACUCGGUGGGAGUGUACUGGACGAGAAUCUAG